CGCAUACAAAAAAAUCAGAAUUAAACGAACCGAGCGGUGCUGACGUCUCUCAUACGCUUCAUUUAUUGGAUCCCUCUUUUCGCCUUUCUUCAGUCUGGAUUACUUCUUUUGCCAGGGUUUUGUUUUCUGCUUAUAUUUGUGAAGAAAAGGAAAUUUGAAUCAAAUCAGAUGGCCGCUCCACCCGCCAGAGCUCGAGCUGAUUAUGAUUAUCUCAUCAAGCUACUAUUGAUCGGCGACAGUGGUGUGGGUAAGAGUUGCCUUCUUUUACGGUUCUCAGAUGGCUCUUUCACCACCAGUUUCAUAACCACCAUUGGCAUCGACUUCAAGAUUAGGACCAUUGAACUUGAUGGGAAACGAAUUAAACUACAGAUUUGGGAUACUGCUGGACAAGAACGAUUCCGAACUAUCACCACUGCUUACUACCGUGGAGCAAUGGGCAUAUUGCUAGUGUACGAUGUGACUGAUGAAUCGUCCUUUAACAACAUUAGGAAUUGGAUCCGAAACAUUGAACAACAUGCUUCUGACAAUGUCAACAAGAUAUUGGUGGGUAACAAGGCUGACAUGGAUGAAAGCAAAAGGGCGGUUCCUACCUCCAGGGGUCAAGCACUGGCUGAUGAGUAUGGAAUUAAAUUCUUCGAGACGAGUGCAAAGACAAAUAUGAACGUGGAAGAGGUUUUCUUCUCGAUAGCCAGGGAUAUAAAGAAAAGACUUGCUGAAACUGACUCAAAGGCUGAGCCUCAAACCAUUAGGAUUACCCAACCGGACCAGACAGCAGGGGCGGCUCAAGCUGCCCAAAAAUCAGCAUGCUGUGGUUCUUGAGAGAGUGCAUUGGAAAUAGGAUGACCAGAUACGUCCUUAAAUUGACCUUUUGAGGGAGGAACUAGUUUUGUUAUGACAACAUCGGUGUUGCUCCUACUGUCAUCCCUCUCAUUAUUUAUGGUUGAUUCACAAUUGUGUUUUGGUGGCAGAUCGUUCUUAUGAAUGUUUUAUUGGGUUUGACUCUGUUUUAACUUUUGGUUAAAUGAUUUCUGUUUCUUUUCUAGUGUAAAGUUCAAUACAAGUGAACCAGAAAGUGGAGAACUAGUUUGAAGUUGUAAACACCAUCUCUUUAUCUUGUUUGAACAAUUUUGAGGUGUUGCAUUAUCUACUCUGCCCCCACACCCCACCUUGCUCCCCCAGUUUUCAUCCCCA